AGAUCCGGGGGAAGGGCGCCCCUAACUGUUGGCAGAGAGAGAAGGUAAGGUCGCCAGCCUACUACAGCUGCGGGAACAGGAAGGACAAUGGAUUCGCGAUGGGUUGAUAUUGUGCGGUUUCUUUCAAAUUCUAUCGCGUUUCGAAGUCCAGUUACUAAUUAUGAUUGUUCCCUGAGACCCUCGUUGCUGUGUCGCUCUUAUGGCCUCUAGUCCAUCCAAUUCCUGUUCCAAAUCUUCCCGAAUCCUAAAUCCACCACUUUCUCAACUCAAUUCCGUCCUUCUUCUCACUCCACCUUCCACAGUAUUUCCUCUUUCGCCCUUUUCAUUAUAAAGGGGUUUCUCUGGAAGAAUCCUUAUAGGUUUUCGCUCAGGUGAAAGCUUCCAUGGCAGAGACUGCCAAGUCCGAGAACAAGAAGGUAGAGGUCUUCGAAAAGGAUGGCCUGGCCGUGUCUCUGGCCAAUUACAUCGCCGAUUUGUCUAAUAAGUUCACUAAGGAGAAAGGGUCUUUCACUGUCGUUCUGUCUGGUGGCACCUUGAUCGAUAAUAUCAGGAAAUUGGUGGAACCUCCCCUUGUUAACAGUAUUGAUUGGUCUAAGUGGCAUGUGUUUUGGUUGGAUGAGAGGGUGGUGCCAAAGACUCAUGAAGAUAGUAACUACAAGCUUGCUUAUGAUGGAUUUCUCUCCAAGGUGCCAAUUCCUUCAGGCAAUGUUUAUGCUAUCAACGAUACCUUGCCAGCGGAGGGGGCGGCUGAUGAUUACGAGGCAUGUCUUAGGCGAUUGGUUGAGAGCAAUGUGCUAGCAGUAUCAUCAUCCAGCGGAUUUCCAAAAUUUGAUCUGAUGCUGCUUGGCAUGGGCCCUGAUGGGCAUGUAGCUUCUCUAUUCCCAGGGCAUCCCCUUGUGAGAGAGAAUCAAAGAUGGGUUACCUUCAUUAAGGACUCCCCAAAGCCACCGCCGGAGAGAAUAACGUUUACCUUCCCAGUUAUCAAUUCUUCUGAUUACAUAGCCAUGGUGGUGACCUCCACUGGUGCUGGUGAAGAACAUGCAGUCCAUACUGCGCUGCGAGCCACUGAGAAUUCUGAUAAGCUGCCGGUUGAAUUGGUGUCACCUGAGGUUGAGUUAAAAUGGUUCUUGGACAAAGAAGCUGCCUCGAAGCUGUAGAUCCCUCAGCUAGGCAGUGAAUCUGUUUGGUGCUAGAGUUUAUGUGUCUGUAAUGUUAAUUCUGAUCUGAGAACAAGAUGGCCGCUGCUGAAUAUUGAUUUCUCAGUUGUAGAGUAUCAGUGGAAGGGAUGUCUCAUCUUAUGGCUGCAAUAAAAGGACAAAUAAAUUGUUGGGUGUA